CAUAUUGAAGCUACUGAUUGGUGUUCUAAAACAUAAAACCAACAAAAAAAAAAACGAAUACAAAUGAAAAAUGGUACUUUGCUUGAGUUAUUUACGGCAAACGCUUGUAAUAUUGGCUAUUGGUUUUGGAUGCGCUCAAGAAAGUAGUGUUUUUACAGUAAGUACUCAUGACCUGACGGUGCUGGUGAAUGCCAAUGAAAGCUUCGUGAUUUAUGCUAGCAACAAUCUUGCAGACACUGUUAACUUAACGUUAGUAAAACAACAUGAAGAUCAUGUGGAUUUGGAUCCUGAGUCCUUCAUAUGCCGCGCAGGCAUUUCAUACAAUGAAACUAUCGUUGUAACGGGUCUGGCAGCCGGUCAUGUAGAGAUCACUGCAAGUAGCAAUUCUAGUGACACAUGGAUCACCGAUGCACUUUUUGUGCGAAUCGUUGUGGCUAAAUCUCAAGCUAUUAUUUACACUUCCGUUAUUUUUGGUUGGAUAUACUUCGUGGCGUGGUCAAUAUCUUUUUAUCCACAAAUAUGGAUCAACUAUCGCCGCAAAUCGGUUGAGGGAUUAAACUUUGAUUUUUUAACUCUGAAUAUUGUUGGAUUUACACUGUAUAGCAUGUUUAACUGUGGACUCUACUUUAUUCAAAGCUUACAAAAUGAAUACGGAAAUAGACAUCCUCGUGGCGUUAAUCCAGUUCUAUUAAAUGACGUGGUAUUUUCAUUGCACGCAAUGUUUGCAACAAGCCUUACUAUUGGACAGUGUUUUAAGUAUGAGCGUGGACAACAACGAGUCUCAAAAACUGCUUAUGGUCUCUUGAUAGUUUUUGCUCUUGUUGUGGUCAUAUCAGCAGGGUUGGCCGGAGGAUCUGUAAUUCAUUGGCUAGAUUUUCUAUACUACUGCAGCUAUGUAAAACUGACGAUUACAAUCAUAAAGUAUAUACCACAGGCCUUAAUGAACUAUAAAAGGAAGAGUACUAUAGGGUGGAGUAUUGGCAAUAUUUUAUUGGAUUUUACCGGUGGCAUUCUGAGUAUGCUACAAAUGAUAUUAAAUGCAUAUAACUACGACGAUUGGGUUUCAAUAUUUGGUGACCCGACGAAAUUUGGUCUUGGUUUGUUUUCUGUGUUGUUUGAUAUAUUUUUCAUGCUCCAGCAUUACGUAUUUUACAGACAGGCAAAUAAGUCCUCAAUUUCUUCUCUUACGACGGACACCGAGGUUCAAAGUAAUGGGCAACCGAACAGGACAAUUGAAAAAUAGUGUUAAGCUAACUUAUAUAUAUUGUUGACAAUAAUCUUAGGAGCGAAAAUGACCCUCAAAACGAACUUCACAGAAGGAUAACUAAGAAGUAGAGUUAAACUUUCUUAAUUAUAUUGUUGACAUUAAUCUGUAAUGCUUAAUUUUAAUUUGUACAAAACUUUUUAAUCUACUUUAGUAAUAAUAAUU